AUGUUCAUUGCCAUUGCGAGAUGCUCUGAACAGACGGCAACUAACCUACGCAGGGGUCUGCCUCUGGGAUACCUGAACCAACUCGAGCAAAGACUGUCCGAGACCGAGGCCGCCCUCUACAGCGCCCUGGUCACCCUACGCGCGAUGCGCCCAACGACUACAGUACAAGCAUCGACAAAUCCAGACUCGGUACAUAAACAAAAAGCUGCACGGAUGGAUGAAUGGAACCAACUACCACUCCGGGGUUGGCCAGACAUGGAGCGCUGGCUCGCAGGCAUGUCCCACCAGUUCACCAUUGAACAAAGCCCAAAUGCAACUGGCAUGGAACCCUCGGAUGGCGGGUUUGCAAUCCCACAGUCACCAAAUCAUCCAAGUCACGGUAGCAUCCAUGGCCCUGAUGUAGAUAUGAAUGCUGGGGAGCCAUCGACUUCAUAUGGCUGGCCCCCACGGGGGGAAGUCUCCAUGGGGAGCCCAUAUGAGACCCAUCUCCGCCCACCGGGAAUGAUCUCCUCGCCUGUAUAUUCGCGGGGUCAAGCCACCGGGGGUUCCGACGGUGUGGCGUCGCCGACUGGAGGGGGCCAGGAGUAUACCAACCUCGCCAUAUCAAAUGAGAGUGGACCAGUAAGACCAGUGGAGAGCACACCGGCCACCAGAGCGGAAGAGCUGUCAAAAACUAGACCUAGCAUAUACUUCUGA